GGAAAGCUGAGCAGAAGAGUGGAAUAUGGCGACCUCAAACAAUCCGCGAAAAUUCAGUGAGAAAAUCGCUUUACACAACCAGAAGCAAGCGGAAGAAACAGCGGCAUUCGAGGAGGUGAUGAAAGAUCUGAGUAUUACGAGAGCAGCAAGGUUACAAUUGCAGAAAACCCAGUAUUUGCAGCUUGGACAGAAUCGAGGGCAAUAUUAUGGAGGAUCACUGCCAAAUGUCAAUCAGAUUGGAAACAGCACUGUUGAUCUGCCAUUUCAGACACCAUUCCCAACUUCAGGAAUGGAUACGAGCCGGACUAAUAGACACCAUGGCCUUGUAGACCGGGUUUACCGAGACCGAAACCGAAUCACCUCCCCACACCGCAGACCCCUCUCAGUUGACAAACAUGGCAGACAGAUUGGAAGCUGCCCCUACAGUUCUGUUUACUUGUCACCACCACCAGACACAAGCUGGAGAAGGACAAACUCAGAUUCAGCUUUGCACCAAAGCACUUUGAACCCUGCUUCGCAAGACAAGUUUGUCGGAGGAUCACAAGACCUACAGCCAAAGCAAGUGCUCCUUCUGACAGUGCCAGGGACAGAAAUGACUGAAAUUGAGAUGGAGAAAGAUGAACUGAAUGACAUCUGGGAGAGCAAAAAGAAUGUGUCCUCGAGACCGAAGCCCUGCAAAGUGCCUGGGAUCAACAUAUUUCCAUCUCCUGACCAAGAGAUCAACACGUCUCUCAUUCCUGCCACACACAACACUGGAGGCUCACUGCCUGACCUGACAAACAUCAAGUUCCCCUCUCCCCUGCCGACACCGCUGGACCCUGAGGACUCCGUGUCUGGCCUCAGCGUCUCCUCCAGCACGGGCAAUCUGACCGUGGGCUCGCACGCUAACGUGGUUAUUUCCUCCACCAGCCCAGGCGUCACCUCCUCUCAGCACACGGUGUCGGUGACCGUCCAGGGCCAGCCAGCUGACGUGGUGCCCCUCAUCCUGAACGCAGACCUCCAGCAGCAGCCCGCACUCCAGCAGCUCUCCCCAACGCUGUCACCGACAUUCACUCAGGCAAUGACAAUAGACGCCGUCAUGCUGGAGCAGCAGCUGGCUCAGUACACGUUCUUCACCCAGUCGCAGACACAGGCCUUGGGUGAGCAGCAGCAGCAACAACAACAGCAGCAGCAGCAGCAGCAGCAACAACAGCAGCAGCAGCAGAACACUGGGCUAACCAGGCUAGUCCAACUGCCCCCUCUCUCUGUGAACUGCACACUGGCCCAUCCCACCUUAGAUGGCCAGACAGCGCCCUCUGUUGGUGUGGACAUCAGUACAGCCUCCACCCUCCAUCAAUACCGCAGUAGGAUGGGCUCCUCGGCCAAUCAGUCUCCAACCUCCCCUAUCUCCAAUCAAGGCUUCUCUCCGGGGGGCUCGCCACAACACUCCAUACUGGGAAAUGUCUUUGGCACUUCCUUCUAUGACCAGCAGAUGGCCUCCCGUCAGACGAGUGCUCUCUCUCAGCAGCUGGAGCAGUUCAACAUGAUUGACAGCUCGCUGAGCUCCAGUGGUUUGUAUGGACCGGGCUCCACGCUCAGCAGCUCCCAGGCCGCCCUCCUGGGCCUCUCAGGGAGCCAUGGCAGCCUGCAGGACUCCCAGCACCUAGGCUACAGCAGCCAUGGCAGCAUCCCCAACAUCAUCCUCACAGGUGACAUCUCCAUGUCUUCAGUGACGGGAGACGCCCUGUCCAAGGAGCUGGCGAGCACCUUAGCGGGUGAUGACAGCUUUGAUGCAGACUCUCAGUUCCCCUUAGAUGAACUCAAGAUAGACCCUCUCACGUUGGAUGGCUUGCACAUGCUCAACGACCCAGAUAUGGUACUCACUGAUCCAGCCACUGAGGAUGCUUUUCGGCUAGACAGGUUGUAGCUUCCUCAGUGUUAUUAGGUGGAAUUUAAGGGUUGGUCAGGGGGCUAUUUAGCAUACGUUGUGCAGGAAUUUCAACUCUUCUUGGCUUAGACACUCACAGCAACCUUCCCUUUCGCCCCAAGUCUGAAAUGUGCUCUGGGAGUUUGUUGUCUCAGAGAUGGUUGGCCUGGGAAUUGGUUUGUUGCAGAGGUAGUAGAGAAGAUACAUCUCUCCGCUGGAUUUGAUAUUUUGGUCUUUUCAACAUUCACACUCCCUAAAUGAACAGUUUUAUCUGUAACUUAAAGGUGGAAAACACUACAUGGGUAAUGCCUCAUUUUAUUUUAUUAUUUUUUUUAUCACGAAAGAGAUAUAUCACCCUGUUAUGUUACAGUUAUGUUACAUAGUAUCUUUUUUGGCUGGUGCUUUGUGUUUUAUUUCACUAUAAGACUUUUUAAUUGCAGAAAUGUAAAUUGUUGAUUGUUUUUGUUUUAGCUUUUUACAUUUUUAUAUUUCACCUUUGUAUUAGAUUUUGUUUUUAUUAUUAUUUGGCAGUAUCACUGCUUAAUGAGUACUAACUCUCCCCAUGUUUCUAUUUGUGUGCAGGUGUAUUCUUUGAAUAAUUGAAUGUCAGUAUUCUUUGAUCUGUACUUGUUGCCAGAAUGUCCAUAUAGUGAUAAUGGAAGGAUCCUUCAUGCUCUGUUGGCAACAGUAUAAUGACUUGGCAUUUCAUUUGUUGUAGUCGCUGUUUAUUCCUAAGUGAAAACUCUCUGUGCUGUAUGUGAAACAUUGUAAGGUGUUCGUAUGGAGAUGUAUAUACUUCAUGCAUCAGCUCAUUUAGGAAAAUUGCUCAUAAUUGACUCUUAACUUUAAAUUUAGGAUCUGAUGAGGCAUCAGGGGGUGGAGGUUGCAACCAUGCUCAUCAUGAAAUGUCUUGUUCCACUCCAUAAGCAUGUUUUGUCAGAACAAACUGUCAUAACUGUCAAUGGUAAGGCCCAAGAAGCGCAACCCUUUAGCAUUAAGGACAGUUGAAUGUUAGAAUGGCAUGGAGUCCUACAACAAAUUCAGAGAGAAUAGCAUAUUCUCUUGAUUGGUGGAAUUACACAAGGAAAUCUAUUUCACUUUGUCACUGUGAUUACCAUAUUCUGCCUUAUUUCAGCAAGAUGCAGUUUUUCCCCGCUAUAUUUUGUGAUAUUGUGGAAGUCUCUGUUUGAAAGGUCUCCGAUGUGUGUCACACAUUUAUAUUUUUACAGAAAUUAUACUUCUUCAUGUUUACAUAUGCUUAAAGAGAGAAAAUCUAAUCUCAUUCUAAAAAAAAUCGAAUACUGAAAAAAUUGUAUCUGUUGUAAUUUGUAUAGACCACAGAGUGAUGGGGAGGGUUUUUACUCUUGCAGGAUAAUCAUAACCAUAUUUUUACAUCCGUAGUUGUGGGAUAUUGAAUGUUGCAUGUUGUUUUGUGGUAUUUGAAGUAAUUUGUUAUGUUUUAUGUGGUUUAGAAUAUGUUAUCAAUUGGAUCUUAUUGGAGUAUCUAUGCAAAGUUUAUCAAAUCAGUGUAGAUAAGCCUAUUUGAAAGCUUAAGAAACAAAAAUACAAUGCAGCUUAACAAAAAAGGUUUUCUAACAAACCAAAAAGCACCAGUUAUUGCAUGCAGCAUUCCCCAAUGCCUAUUUUUUCAUAAGAUUAUAGACAGAGAUUUUUCCAUUCAACAUGCCCAUAGUGUUUGGUUGAGGUGUCCGUUGCAAAUUCAAAGCAAAUUACCGUAACACAUUUUCACAACUAUGCCUUGAUAUAUAUAUUUAUCCCCAAUCCCCCCCCCCCCAGGAAUCCGUGAUAAUAUUUCAAAUGCAAAUUAAUAUUAAUUGUUAUAUAUUCCUCAAAGACCAUAAAACUAUAUCAUACUCUUUGUAUAUAAACAUAGGACCAAAACUGCUUUCAUGUCAUUGUAUUUUGUUUGUUGGUUCACCAGUGUAAAACAAAAAAAUAUGUUAACCAAUCCCCCCCUUCUACUUCAGUAUUGUUUGUAUUGUGUGUUGAUUUCCAAUGAAUUCCAAUUCCAAACAAUUCAUUUCAAUGGUGAAACCAUUACAUUCUGCAUUUCAUUUUGCACUUAAAUCAUCACAACUUUAUGGCACUAAGACCCUCUCACCCCCCUAAUGGGCUGCUUUGGAUUUAGGAUCCAUAAACCACAUGUAUUUGGUCAAAUCUGCCUUCAGAAAAAAAAACAUAUUUUAUUAUAUAAAUAUAUCUUUAUCUAUAUCUAUUUAUACGUCUAUACAUUGUCUGACUUUUUUUGUCUGACUGGUACUUUUUUAAACUCCCGAAAAUCCAAAUCUGUGGAAUAGAAAAAUUAUUGGCCCGACCAUGUGUUGAAUUAGCUAAUAGUUGAUAAUCCCACCUAAACUUUAAGUGCAUUCAUCUGUGAAGACUGCCUUUGUUCUUAAUAGAUCCAGACAGAUGAGAGGGUGCUAGCUGGUGAUUUUCUAUACCAGUCUAGUUAUAGUCUUUCACUUUUCACUUUUUCAAUAAUCAUGUCUCAAUCAAUACGCUCAAACACCUUUUUUUUUUAUAUAAGCCACUGGUUUUAAUUGCUCCUAAUUGCACCUAAUUAUUGUCUGUCUACUCAAGUGUUUAUUCAGAAAAGUAUGUGAAACAAUUUGGCUAUCACAAUAUGGUUUUGGAGCUAAUGCUGUAUCAGUUUUGACAACUGGUUGACAUGGUAUACAUUUGCGGUUUUACAUGUUCUUUCAGCGUUUUACGAAAUACAUGUGCAUGUUGAUAGAUGUUUAUUUAUGAGUUAUGAGUCAGUCCCAACACCAAAAAACUAAAUAAGUAGUCUGAGUGUCAUUCACAGCUAAAUUGUACCAGAAAAUUAUUAAAACAGUGCAUGCAUGUUUUUUUUUACACAUGAAAAUGUGUACACAAUAGCUUUUACAGAGCUCAAUUUUAAACAUAAUGUUGUUACUAUUGAUGGGAGCCUUCUGUUUCUUAUUUAUCCCUAAUGUAAAUGUUUGUUUAUUUGUGUGUGGAAGUGGUGUGGAAUUUCCAACCCCAUGCAUGUUUAUAUUGCUUUUAGUAGGCCUAUGUUAUAGUCUUGUCUGUGCGGCAUUUUUCAGUUCAACUUACUGGAUUUAUAUCCAAAUGGAAUCUGGCAUGUCUUCUCCUUUUGGUUCAAAGCAAUGGAAUGCUUUCCAUUCAUGUAGAAACAUAACUGACUUUCUGCACGAAGUGAUGCAAGUUGGCUAGCAUUCAUUCCCCCCCCCCCCCCCCCCCCGUUGAGUGUAUACCCAUUGUCCUUUUUGUUUGGUGUACAUAAAUGUACAUUUUGGUUUGUAAGAUUUUUGUGCUUUGUUGGUAUGAUGUCAAAGUGAAAAAGUUACAUGCACUGAAAACUUAAACGCUGCAAUGUAUCAUUGUGUUGAGGUGAUGUGGGCUCCGAUUAUAGAGGUCAUAAAUUGGCUCAACCUUAAAAUCUUAAAAAUCCUACCAGCUAUAUUUUUCAGAUGAUUUUCUAACAAAUUCUGAAUAUUUUAUCUAAGGAAACCUAUAUAAACAGUCUAGUAUGACUAAACCAACCACUACACAAACAGAAACCCUCUGUUACCACGUAGAAAAACAUUAUGAUCAUGUAUCAUACACAGCAAGUGGUCUGAAUUUUCUGUUUGGUCAUUUAAAGUUGAAUGUAUGAUUAGUACUGUGUCUGAUAACAGGUUUUAUUUGUAUAUUUCAGAAUGGAAUUGAAGCCAAGUCCGUAUUAUGUUCGUAAGACAUCUUACCCAAAAUUAUUACGGGAGGUGCAAUUAUUUUCUCACGACCAUUUGUUCAAAGGGUAUAAAGAAUUAUAUUUACAUAAAACAUACAAGACUCGAUAGUACAAGACCAUGGUGGUUUUGAGUUUUUCCUCUCAAGGAGAAACAUUGUUGUAGGUGUUUUUUUCUACCUGCGAUAUUUUAUCAGUGGAUGAGCCAUUUGAUAACACCAAAGUUGAAAAUAUGGUAUCCCUUUCAUUUUGAGUCAAUGCUUUGGAAACACUUGUAAUUUGUUAUGUCUUUUGUUAUGGCAGUGUUUGUUCAUGUUUGUGAAUAAUGGUUGUGAUAUUUGGCCAUAGCUGGCUGUUUAUGGUUAUUCUAUUAUGUGUUAUGCUUUUAUCUGACAACCGACAAUGUGGGAAAAUGAAGUGUUUACUCUUAAAGAUGAAUAAUUGUCCAUAUACAUGUAUAUAGUUUCUGGUAAAACUUGCAAUCUUGUGCUGAAUAUCAGAGGGGCAUCUGCAUGGUACUGAAUUAAAAACCCCUCAUAUUCUAAAGCCUUCGUGUGACCUGUUCAGCUUUCAGUUUGUAUCUAGCUGUACCAAUACUUUAAACCUAUCCUUAAACCUAACAGGUGUCUUAAAUGAUUCAAAGCAUUCUGACACUUAAGUUUUCCCUUUAAUUAAUAUAGAAAAUAAUGAAUAGGCUAGUGCUUGGCUAGACAUUUAAUCAAAUAUAAAUCAAAAUGUUAUUGAUAUAAAUUAUAUAAUAUAAAAUAUGAUAAACUAUAUUAAAAAAUAUUGAGUCAAAAUAUAAAUCUCAUCUCAACAACAUGGGUAUAGUUGUUUGUUACGGCAAUGACAAAUUGACAUUGACAUGUUCAGCAGCUGAUCAUUUCAUCACUCCAUAAUAAACCAACUGUAAACCUUCUGAUACAGCAUGUGCAUUUAAUGACGAUGAACUGUUGUGAUGGUUCACUUCUCAUUCCUCUACAAUGGCAGCUAAUUUGUUAUAUAUAUUUACUGUGGAUGAUGCACAGCAAGGUCUGACUAUCACACUUCCUUUGUACAGUUACAGGACAUGCAUAUGCUCACCAAAUAUGCAAGACAAGCAUUCGGUAACACAGCUCUGCAAUCCUGCCAUUAUGUUGUGAUAACCCUUUAAAAUGAACGAAUCUGAUUAUUUUGUUUUGUUUAGUUUUUCUUUUUAUACAAAAUAAAUAAGGUAUUUGGGCUGUAUAUGUGCGCAAUUUACUGAAAAUUGCUUUCAGUUAAAUGUUCUCUUAUAUCUCUCUUGUGUGGAGGCUUUUGUCUUUGUAACUUUGCAUUACUAUUUGUACAUUAUAUUGAAUAAAAUCUUCAACAUGUGACUCAC